AUGGUGGGUACCAUCGCUAUCAACACGACAUAUCAUAUCAGCGCCCAGCUGUGCGUUCCUACACAGGGAAGCGCCAAAUCGGAUAUUCUACAGAUUGCGUCCCCUGGCCUCGGGUGGGAUAAGAGGUACUGGGAUGUCCAAGCCGAGGGGUACAACUACGUCGAUGCGGCUAUCAGCGAAGGUUAUUCGACCCUUAUUUACGACCGUAUCGGCACUGGGGACUCUUCGAGGCCUGACGCCUAUGCCGAUGUACAAGCUGCUUCGCAAGUAGAAGUACUCAAGGCGCUUACAGACCUAGCACGCAGUGGCGAGCUCACCAAGUCUUCCGAAAUCAAAUCGGAGACCAAGAGCUCUAAGCUGUGCUCGUACAAACCCAAUAAGAUUGUUCAUGUAGGCCACUCCUUCGGAUCUAUCGUCACUGCUGGCUUGCUGGCGGCACAUGGCGAAGUCAGCGAUGGCGCUAUUGUGACAGGCUUCGUCUAUGGGCGGGAGAUGUUCUUUACCACUCCCGUCGCGUACGGACUGGAAUACGCUGCGGAAAACGAUCCGGUCCGUUUUGGCGACCGCGGGUCCGGCUACGUGGUGCAGGGAACGCGGAGCAGCAUCCAGCAGAUAUUCUUCAAAAAGGGGUCAUUCGAGCCGGCGAUGCUGGUGUAUGCUGAGGAGGCCAAGCAGCCAGGCUCCGUGGGAGAGCUGCUUACAGGGGGGCAGGUGCUGGGGAAGCCAGCGCAGAAAUUCAAGGGACCGCUGCAGUUCUUCCUUGGCGAGUAUGACGACGCGAUGUGCGGUGGUGACUGCAACGACCAGAUUGACCUGCCGGAGGUGCUCGAGAGCCUCUAUCCCCACGCAACAAACAUAUCGAUCUAUCUUCAGCCUGCAACAGGCCACGGCCUGACACUCUCUACGAAUGCCACCGCAGGCUACAAGGUCAUGUUUUCCUUUCUGAAAGCAUACGGCCUGUAA